GAGGCAGCCGAGCUACCCUAGGCUUUCAAGCUCGCACGUCCCACCGGAGCCUCUCACUGAUUCCCCGCCGCCACCACCGUUCCCUGAGCCGCGAAAGACAUGAGCCAGGCCCGCUGGACCGGGAAGAGAACAGAUAUGCUCCCGGAGAUCGCUGCCGCUGUAGGUUUCCUCUCCAGCCUCCUCAGGACCCGGGGCUGCGUGAGCGAGCAGCGACUCAAGGUUUUCAGCGGGGCUCUCCAGGAGGCACUGACAGAGCACUACAAACACCACUGGUUUCCUGAAAAGCCAUCCAAGGGCUCUGGCUACCGCUGCAUUCGCAUCAACCACAAAAUGGACCCCAUCAUCAGUAAAGUGGCUAGCCAGAUUGGACUCAGUCAGCCCCAGCUGCACCAGCUGCUGCCCAGCGAGCUGACCCUGUGGGUGGACCCCUAUGAAGUGUCCUAUCGCAUCGGGGAGGAUGGCUCCAUCUGUGUCCUGUACGAGGAGGCCCCGGUGGCCACCUCCUAUGGGCUCCUCACCUGCAAGAACCAAAUGAUGCUGGGCAGGAGCAGCCCCUCGAAGAACUACGUCAUGGCGGUCUCCAGUUAGAUCCCCUGUGGCCCCCACCUGGCACUCUACUGUACUCAUUCUGCCUGCCGUGACAACAGGCCAUUGCAUACCUCAACCUGGGGAACUGUAUUUUAAAUGAAGAGCUAUUUAUAUAUAUAUUAUUUUUUUUUUUAAGAAAAGAGGAGAAAAAAAAAAAAACCAAAAGAUUUUUUUUAAGAAAAAAAUCCUUAAAGGGAGCUGCUUGGAAGUGGCCUCCCCAGGUGCCUUUGGAGAGAAUCGUUGUGCGCUUGAGUCUGGGAGCCAGUGUCUGCCUAUGGGAGGGGGGAAAGUUCAGGGGGCGGGUCUGGUCAAGGUGAUGGGGGAGAGGCUUGGCUAGCACCCCAGGAAGUUGUGAGAAGGAGCAAGCAAGGUUAGCAACUGUGAAUGAGAGAGGUCAGGAUCUGUCCUGGAUGGAGAAGAGAGGCUGAGUUCUAACCUCUCCCUCUUCUAACCAGGACACCUGCAUCCCCAGCCCCUCUCUUACUCAGGGGCAUUCAAACCUGGACUUAAAUUAUGCUAUAUUGCCUAAUCUUUCUCUUUUAUUUUUCUAAUGAGAUCCUAGGCAGAGAGUGAAAAAGCCUCUCUUGAUUCCUUCUGUCCUGAACAGUUUUUCUUAAAAUCAUGACUUAUUUCUAAUUCUAUUCUCAGGGGCCUAUGGAUGUUGCUACCCACCAAGAAUAUAAAGCUUUUUGUUUGGGGGUUCAGGGGAGUGAGGCAGGGGUUGCAGGUUAUUGGAGUUGGGACAGAAGGGUACUCUGCACGAAAUCUUUGCCUUGCUAUGUGCUGCUCUAUGUGUAUAUGUGGUAAUUUUUUUUUUUUUUUUUUUUUUGGAACUACGUGAAAGUCCUGGCGAUGCUACCAUUAUCCCUUGGAGAGGUGGCUCAAAAGUUACAGGGAACUCCACAUCCUUGAUUACUGCCUUCUUUUUAAAAGCACAACACUCCUCUCUAACUCUCCCUGCUCCUCUCCCCUCCUGGUUGGGUCAUGCAGUUACCCUGUUUUCUAGGACAAAAGUUCUCAGUCACUGUGCAAUAUGGCCUCUUGGGUCCCAGGAGGGUCUGGAGGAGAACUGGCUCUUACAACCUUCUGGUGCCUUGGCAGGCUUAGGGAACCAUCUCUCCCUCUGUCCUUGGGACUAUGGCUGGAUCCUCAGCCUUGCAGUAUUCCUUGGCCGAAUGGGAGAAUGCCCCAAGUUCUGCAGGACUACUUGGUAUUUUUGUAGGGCUGACACUAAAAGCCAAACCUUGGGCAUUGUUUUUUUCUUCCCCGUGCUCAGAGCACCUGUGGGAGAUGUUGCCAUCUCUCAGUACAAUCCAAAUUUGUCUGUAGACUUGUGCAAUAUUUACUGUUUUGGGUUGCAGAAAAAUGCAAAACUACACUGGGAAGAAAUCCUCUUCCUUCAGGUUUUCAGUGGUAUUAGUGAGGGGUCCUCAGAAGGCCUUGAGUAUCGCAAACCCAAGACCAUCUCAAGAAGGAUGGAGCUAGAACAUCUGGUCAACCUGGCUACCCUCCUGCCAUUGCCCCUUGUGGAGAAAACUUCCUCCCCACUGCCAGUCCCCUUUCCUGGAUUUCUUAACUACUCAGUUCUGAUUCAAAGGUGCUAUUUACCAAACACUUUCCCUACCCAUUCCUGCCAGUUCUGCCUCUUCAACGUUCCAGAUCCCCAGCUACCAUCCCAGCCCCUGUUUCCAGUCUUUAUUGCUUUAAAGGUAACUUUGGGCCCACAGACCCAAGAGCUAAUUUUCUGGCCUGUGGGUUGAAACAAAGCUGUGAAUCACUGCAGAUUAUGUUGUUGCAUCUUGUUGGCAAACAGGCCCCUGCCUUUUUAUAAGCAGCCUCAUAGUCUCAUGCUUAAUCUUUUCUCUCUUCUUUUUGAUGUUCACUUUAAAAUCAACAAAACACCCAGAGCUGGACUGUUGAGCAGGCCUGUCUCUCCUAUUAAGUAAAAAUAAAUAAUAGUAGUUUGUAAGCUAUUCUGAUAGAAAAGACAAAGGUUACUAAUUGUAUAAUAGUGUUUUAUAUGGAAGAAUGUACAGGUUUAUGGACAAAUGUACACCUUUUUUUGUUACUUUAAUAAAAAUCUAGCAGA